AUGCUCUUUCGUCGCCAUUCUCCGUCCCGCCUUCAUCCCGUCACUCCCCCGACCGACCAGUAUUGCGCACAACCGCCUCCGAAAACUUCCACUCGGACACAGAAGACACUCGCGGAGAUCUUAGCCCUAUCUGCCAGUUUAACGAAACCUCUACCACAUGAACCCCGAACUAUCACCAAUCACUAUCACUUUUCGAACUCGCAACGGUCCGAUAGCUCAUCAGAGCAUCACGGGAGCCCUACGCGGGAGCCAAGAAGCAAAAAGACAGGCCACGCCACCAUUCACACUGAUGCUACGAAUAAUCAAGCGGCGUUCGAGAGCGACGCCUUCGCCGUGCACAUGCCAACCACUCGUUUGCCCAUCAUCGACCGUCCUAUUUCGCCAACAAAGUCACCUAUAGCCCAAGCCGCGGCCUAUCAGACUUACAAAGAAAAGGCACGCCAAGUGCGCGAGAGAAACAAUAGUCAAGGUGUACGGGUACCGUCAAAGAUUGUAUCUUAUGACUACGCGUCACCUACUAUUGCCGGCCACAGAGCACCUUUGAAGAGAGGUAUCGAUCCACUAAAGAGUCUACCUACGCCUGCGGGAGCUUUCCCCAUAAGCCCACCGCUGCCGCAAAUAGGGUGGAUGCGACCUGAACCAGUGUACAGAGCUCAUGCUCAAGGCCCUCGGGAUAUCACUGAGCGUCGCAAAAUGUACACACCACGCAAAGCAGUAGGACUGCCUACCAAAGUCUCUACACCGAGAACACGGUACACAUACCACUCAGAUUCAGAAGCGGGAGCUUCAUGUUCCACAUCCUCGCCCGCGUCAUCACCACGACAAGUGCCGGCUACAAUCAAGGCCCGCCUCAAGCCAAAGUUCGUGGUCCCAGAAGUAGAGCAUGUUCAAACAGAAAGUCGAUACGGGUUCUACAAUCGACCCUCUCCCACUUCCUCGCCCCGGACUUCUCGGUCUUCGAGUCCGGUCAAGUCAAUGCCGAACUUCAUGCACAGCUCAUGCGAAGGAGACUCGAUAUUCGGCUACAGAAGUAAAGUCGUCGCUGGUGCUGUGAUCGGUGGAAGCUCUACUUCUGCCACUUCCGGCAGCGACAAAGAGAAGGCGAAGAGCAGGAUAAUAGACAAGCCGAAGAAAACGACGCCACCAAAACACUCGCUCACGUCCCGAUGGCCCUGGCAUAGACCUGCAGGACCACGCGUCUACAAGCCCGUCUCCGUGCCUAUAGCAUCAAUGCCGACUGCAGUAAGGGCUAGGGCGUAUGUCGAUCCAUUCGACACACACGCCACACAGCCUACCACUCUACCGCUACGCACUCCAAUUGCGACUAGACCAGCCUCACCGCAUAGAUUCGCCCGAACAACUAUGCCAGCACCACAGGGCAAGUUCGACUCCGGCUUUGCGCAGAUCAAGAGUCUCACGCUACUCCUACUGAAGAUCGGCUUAUUCAUGUACGUUGUUGUUGCGCUAUGGUACGUCCUCGACGCCAUACGGGAGGUGUUCCACACGUUAAGCGCACCUUUUCGCGCUUUCAAAUGGGCUUGGGGGUUCGUUUGGUUCUUCUGUCUUUGGUUCGCGAGGAUUGGAAUUAUCAUGUGUGAGAAAUGGGUCUUUAAGGCUGUGCUCGAGGGGCUAACGGGCGGCUUUCAGUUUCGGCUGCAGUCAACAUUGAGCUGGGCUCUCACCAAAUGUCUCUACGGCCAUGAGGUAUCCGCACAUGACAACAACACCAACAACUUGUCAACAACACCAACUCGGGCCAGCAACCACCGAGAGCUUGUGCUGAAAGAGUCCACACUUUCCACGUUGAAUCCACAUCAACCACUUGCUCAACACAUAGUCAACAUCAAACACUCAUACCGAUCGACGACUUGA